AUGGUUUCUGAAUAUAUUCCCUCCGAGACAUCCCCAUUGCUGGCUCCCAGCAAUGGAGCUGAUAUCCACCAUGAAUCAGAAGAGUCAGGAGAAUCCGUUGAGGACCAGAUUAAGGCGCCUUUCCCAGAUGCAAGAAAGCAACUUAAGUUUAUAUUGCCCGCGGUUUCAAUAGGAAUCUUCCUAUCGGCUGCCGACCAAACCAUUAUCAUGGCAAGUUAUGGUCAAAUUGGGAGUGAUCUCAAUGCUCUCAACUUGACUAGUUGGAUUGCGACUUCAUACUUCCUCACUCUUACCUCAUUUCAGCCGCUUUAUGGGAAGCUGAGUGAUAUAUUUGGGCGAAAGCAUUGUCUCCUCUUUGCGUAUGCGAUAUUUGGAAUUGGAUGUUUGUGUUGUGGACUAGCACGCAAUAUCAAUGAGCUAAUUGCCGCUCGUGUCUUCCAAGGUAUUGGAGGUGGUGGUAUGACUACAGUCGUCAGUAUCUUGAUGAGUGAUAUAGUACCCCUACGCGAGAGAGGACUUUGGCAAGGUAUAAUUAAUAUCAUCUGGGCUACUGGAUCCGCUACCGGUGCACCUCUGGGUGGAAUAUUAGCUGAUUAUAUCGGCUGGCGCUGGUCCUUCCUCGCACAAUUUCCUCUAUGUCUUUUGGCUUUUGCUGCGGUUUCAUUUAUGCUGAAGCUCCCUGAGCAUGAAAGUGCUCACUGGAAGACUAAACUACAUCGCAUUGACUUCCUUGGUGCUAUCGUCCUUGUAGCAGCGGUGUUCGGCCUCCUCCUUGGAUUGGACCGUGGCAGUAAUGUGUCGUGGAAGAACCCACUGACGACCAUAUCACUGGGCAUCUCGGCGUUCAUGUUUGUUCUAUUCAUCCUGGUUGAAGUCUACAUUGCGGCUGAGCCUUUCGCCCCUGGCCAUAUCAUCUUCAACCGCACCUUCUUUGCUCUUUACGCAUGCAACUUCUUCAGUUUUGGAGGUUGGAUGGCAGCAAUGUUCUAUAUCCCGCUAUAUUUCCAGGCUACCGAUGGGGUCUCUGCCACUGUUGCCGGCCUACGUCUCUUGCCAAGUAUCCUGGCCGGUGUCUCUGGCUCCCUCUUUGCCGGAUUCGUGAUGAAACGGACCGGUAGAUAUUUCUGGCUUACAGUAAUAGGCUACUCAUUGCUCACAUCUGGAUGCUUUAUUAUUUUCCUUUUCUCGGGCGGCAUGACGAUAAGUUUAGUUCCAAUGAUUAUUGGAAUGGUCAUGUCUGCCUUCGGAAAUGGAAUCGGGGUCACCACGACUCUGAUCGGUCUAAGUGAGAUCUUGGCUCAUUAUUUCUCCUCCGUCAAGUUUCUAACAUUUUUACCAGUAUCUAACGCAACAUCUGAAGAUCAAGCAGUCGUAACUGCUUGUUCUUAUCUUUUCCGGUCUCUUGGCUCAGUUAUUGGUCUUUCUCUUUCAUCGACUGUUGUCCAGCAACUUCUCCGAGAGCGAUUAAGAUCCGAUCUGAAGGGCAACAAAGACAUUGAUAGCAUCGUGAAUGGUGUACGACAAAGUCUCGACUUCAUCAAGAAACUAGAUCCUGAUGUUGCCAGGAUCGUCCGCAGUUGCUAUGGUUGGUCAACAAACAAGGGCUUUGCCGUUACAGCUUCUGUCGUCUUCUUUGCCUUAUUCUGCAGCCUUUUUAUUCGUGAACAGAAACUCAACCGCUAG